CGGCGGCGGCAGUGGUUGCGGCGGCUGCAUCCCCGGCUCUAGCCCCGGUCCGGGCCCCGGCCCUCUCCACGCCCCGGCACUCUGUCUCCUCCCCUCGCCCGCCCUCUCGCACCCUCCACGCCGGGCAGCCGCUGCCAACGGCCCCUGCUACGCACUUUGGCCCGAGUUGGCAGCGGAUAAAAGGGGUCUGAGGAAAUCCAGGACACUGUCCCCGGGCGUCAGCUGGGGCCUUUAAAUCCUCACCACCGGAGAGGCUAGAGCAGAACGCGUCUGGGUCGUGGACGCGGACAGAGCUAGCUAGAAAGGCGAGAGCCGCCGAGAGCUGAGAGCGAGCCAAAGAACGGACGGACGAACGGGGCACUUGCCCGGCUUCGAGCGCAAAGCGGCGGCGGCGCGGUGCGGGACGGGGCGGGAAGCUGCGGGGUGGAGGGGCGGCCUGCGUUCUCGAAAAGCCCAAUCCUGAGUCCAAGUGCCUCCUCUCCUUCGGCAGCUCCAGUCCAAGAAGAGCGAGACCUGCUCCCGGAGAAUCCCGAUGCCGGCCCAUUUGCUACAGGAGGAGAUCUCUCCCUCCUACACUAUGACCACCACGACCACCAUCACAGCCCCUUCCUCCAGGGCUCUGCAGAACGGAGCAACCAAAGGAGCGUCAAAAGCACCCCUUGAGAAGGAUGAAGAGGGGAUCAGCUAUGAGAUGCGGGACGACAUGUUUGACCCCACUUAUCGGGAGAAGGAUGGUCCCAAACCCAAGUUCAUCUAUGUCUGGAGGAACAUCAUCCUGAUGGGCCUGCUUCACUUGGGAGCCGUGUAUGGGAUCUUCCUGCUGCCUUCCUCUCAUGUGUAUACCUUGCUCUGGGCAUUUGGGUACUACCUGGUCAGCGCCCUGGGCAUCACUGCUGGAGCCCACCGCCUCUGGAGUCACAGAACCUACAAGGCACGCCUGCCCCUCCGGAUCAUUCUGAUGAUCGCUAACACCAUGGCCUUCCAGAAUGACAUUUUCGAGUGGUCCAGGGACCACCGUGUCCAUCAUAAGUUCUCUGAGACAGAUGCUGAUCCCCAUAAUGCCCGCCGUGGGUUUUUCUUCUCCCAUGUGGGCUGGCUGCUAGUGCGCAAACACCCAGAUGUCAUUGAGAAGGGCCGUUUGCUUGACCUGUCCGAUCUGAAAUCUGAGAAGCUGGUGAUGUUCCAGAGGAGAUACUACAAGCCUGGCAUCCUCCUCAUGUGCUUCAUAUUCCCCACAUUCGUCCCCUGUUACUUCUGGGGAGAAAGUUUUACUCACAGCCUGUUUGUUGCCACCCUCCUACGGUAUGCUGUCGUACUGAAUGCCACCUGGCUGGUGAACAGCGCUGCUCAUAUGUAUGGCACCCGGCCCUAUGACAAGAACAUCAACCCCCGAGAGAAUAUCUUGGUGGCCCUUGGAGCUGUAGGUGAAGGCUUCCACAACUACCACCACACCUUCCCCUACGAUUACUCCGCCAGCGAAUACCGCUGGCACAUCAAUUUCACCACCUUCUUCAUCGACUGCAUGUGUCUCCUCGGCUUGGCGUACGACCGAAAGAAAGUCUCCAAGGCAGCCAUCGAGGCCAGAUGCGCCAGAACUGGUGAAGGGAGCUGGAAGGGCCGCUGAGGCCUCCCUCCCUACCCCCAGCAAGCCAGCAAGGCAGAGGUCUAAUGUUCUCUUUAUUAACUACUGAAUAAUGCUACCAGAUGCUAAAGAUGAUGAUUUUUUUAACCCAUUCCAAUACAGUAUUCCUUUACAAUGCAAAUGUAUUGAAAGCCAACAACUCUGCCUUUGUGAAUGCUGAGAUGAUCUCUCUUUUCCUUUUCCUCCUUCUCCUUCCCCUGUUCUGAUCCCCUUCCCUUCCCUUUUUUCCCCUCCCACCUUCCCUGCCUCCUAAGCAAGCGGCUGGUGUGCUCUGGGCUGGCUCUCUGGAGUGUCACUGUUGGUCUUUCCCCUCAGUGAUUCUCUUCCUUUGGGCCCCCCUGAACCCCCAGGGAUGAGGAGUAGGGCUACUUUCCCAGCUCCUUCGGGCCAACCUCAUUCCCUUCCAACUGGAGUGGAGGGUCAUUCUUCUUGGCUGCUGUUUUCUUCUGGAAACAGAGGCAGGGAGAAAGGAAGUCGCCUGCCCACUGUAUUUGGGGGGAGGUGUGAGAAAGAAGGCCAAAGUCUCUGCCAAUCAUCCCGCCAGCCCACUCCUCAACAAAGUGGGCCUGCUCUCUGUCCCAACUGCCUGAAGUUGGGUGUGGCUAGUGGGAUGCUAAACCAUGGGUGACUGCUUCCCAGAAAGCUUAGGGCAAGGCAACAUUAAGCACACCUAGGGAACUAAGGGGCAAGUCUCUGGUUCCUAAUGAAAUUGACCUGACCUAAAGAAAGUAUGGGGAACAAGUUAAGGAAACAGCCAUUCAUUGGAAAAUGUAAAAGAAACCAACCUCCACAUUCUCACCCCUCCACACCCUCCCGCUUCCAUACAGGAGCUUUGGGAGUGAUGGCUCCCCUGCCUUUCACUGCUGAACAGGGCCCCAAUAAACUAGGGUUCCAAGCUUACAUUACGGAGGAAAGAUCCGGGCCAGUGUUUCAAAGGUCAUAGUUCUUUCCUGGGGUUUCCCAGUUUGAAAGCUGGUCUGAUAAAACAGGUCAAAUUUGAAGGGUCUGAGGUCGUUCCUCUCCCUCUAGAAAAUGGCUACCAUGGAGGUCCCUUCUGGAGCAUAUACACACCCUGUCUUUAUCUAUUUUUCCCACAUUCUCUCAUACCUUCCAGAGCCUAGAACUUGCCUGGGGAGACACAGCAGGGAUUUAGGGGCUUACCCUUGGUUUCUCCUCGUCUUCCUGACCUCUUUCCCCCUCCUUUCUCUGGGCAGGCAGCAAUUGCUCAGGGGCAGGAAACACCACUGAUGUUCCCUCUAUAAUGUGGCUACCCCAAUUCAGUUGACCUGCAUCGCCUCUUCCUUCCCUCACUGGCCCAUUAAUCCUGCUGACUCAAGGCAGAGCUGGCAAACCUGCUGGGGAACAUCCCAGGGUCAGAUGGAAGCUCAGCUAAUCCCCAACUGAAUGCUAGUGCCAUCCCAGUGAGCCAGCCACUGGGAAGGGAGGAGGUUUUCCACCCCUUCUCAUCCUCAGCAUACUGGGUGGACCGAGUUAACUGUGAGCCAAAGCCAGGGCUGCUGAGUGGCAGAGGGCUUCUGGCUGCUUUAGAGGGAACUGAGUGGACUUUUCUUGUUAGGAAGGGAAAUCACUGGAAGAGGACCUCACUCUUCCUCCUCACCUGCCAGAACUAGGGAAAGGCCACAUUUUUUUUGGUUUUUGUUUUUUGCCCUGCUGGCUUAAGGGAAUGUUCCCACCAUCUAGCCAGGGGCUGUCACCACUGGGCCUUGAGGGAUUUCAGAGCAUCUUCCCUUGUAUUCCCCUGGCUUUGCUGCUGUCUUACUGGGAGGGCCAGCCCCAUGGUUGGGCUGGGGCUUGGAGGGAGCAGCUUGUUUUCUGUCUGGGUUUUAAGAAUAAACAGGCCUGGAUAGAAGGUUCAAAACAGGUCUGAAAAUCCAGGCUUUUGAGCUGUUCGUUCCAGCAGGAAAGAAAUAGUUAUGUCCAUGUUUAGUUUAGAUCUGCUGGCCUUUUGUGGACCUCCCCCUAAGAGAGGUCUGUUGGGAAUUUUAAUCCCACCAGACAUCACAAAAUAAGUACAAUGAAAACGGCUUGUCUCUUCUAACAAAUGUUCAGUGGAGACCCUGUGCUCCAACCCUGUACAAGGCCAGAUGGGGUCCUGGCAUCUUGUCUUGACUCUCAGGGGGAAGGAACACUCUUUGAGAAGAUGGCAAAGCUCAAAGCAAAAGAAUAUAUUUGCAAACAAUUAAAAAUGGACUCGGGACUGACAGACCCUGAAUUCCCAUUAGUCCUUGCUCUGUGGGCAGACUAACAAAUUCUUCUGGGUGCCUUCUAUGGGUUCUAAUCAGUAUUGAGAGUGAGUCUGCCUCCACUCCUCCUUAUUGCUUCUCUACAGCCUCUCUGACUAGAGGGAGCAGCUGGUGGAAGAGCCGAGGACCCAGACCCAGCAGGAGAAUUGACGAUUUACUGUGGGACUGCAUUUCUGUGCUUCAGUUGGAGAAGAAAAAUUUGUUUCGUUUUUGUUUUUUCUCUGGGGGCUUUCUUGUUAAGGGGCCCGCGUGUUGGGUGAAAGUAAUUUGAAUGUAUUUGAUUUAGGUGUUGUUUUGUUUUUUUUUUUUUAAUUAGAUUAAAAGAUGGUUGCAGCAUUUAAAAUAGAAACUUUCCCCUUGGUUUGCUUGUAUCCUGAAUGUUCUCUUCAAAAGUUCAGGUCAUACAAGCCAGAGCAAGAAAUUGAACGAAAUAAGAUGGCUGUGUUACUUGUAGUGGUUUAGGGAGAGGGCCACCCCUCCGAGCUCUGGCGCCACUGACUUGCUGUGUGACCCUGGGCAAGUCGCUUAAUUUUACUAUUCUGUGCCUCAGUUUCCCUGUCUGUUAAAAAUAGGGAUAAUAAUACUGACCUACCUCACAGGGCAGUUGUGAGGCGGGACUAAUGUUUGUAAAGCACCUUGGAAUCCUUCAGCUGAGGGAGUUUCCUACAAGAUACGGGGACCUCUAGAAACCUGGCUCGGGGUAGAGAUGGAGUGGCUGAGCUGAGCAUGUUGGGAAGGGAGUGGAUUGGGGGGAAAGGGGGUGAAGCUGGAGAGCUCAGCAACUCUGUUGCUAUGGAAACGUGAACAGGAUACCUUUUCCUGGGUUGGGAAUUUUUUUCCUUUAUUUUGGAUUGUAGUAUCUGUGACCUGCGAAAAAUAAUUUUGGAAUAAUUUCUAUUAAUAUUGACUCUAAAGUCAUUUACUGAUCUGAGAUUGUGUUUGUUCAUAAUAAAAGUGAAGUGAAUCUGAA